AUGAAAACGAAAGUGAUUGGAGAUUCUGAAUCACCCACAGAAGUCUACCAGAAAAAAUCAAAUGCUAAUACUAAUUUUCCAGUUAAAGAAGUAAAAUCAAAAAAAAAAUGUAAUAUUGUAAAACAAAGUACAAUAAUUAAUAGAACCAGUACCAUAAUACCCCAAGACAAAUCCCCUGUACCAGAUGUAAAACCAAAAGAAAAGUCUCCAGUUAAACUGCGAGAAAAUUGUUCAGUUAAAGAAAUAAAACCAUCUUUCGAAGAUGACAUUAAAAAAAUAGACAUUGAAGUUCACGAUACGUCAACGAAUGCAAACACACAGACCUCCACUUUAAUAUGGAAAAUUUCAGAAGCGCCUGAUUUUAAAUCCAGAAAAGAAUUUUUUGAAAACAGAAAACUAAAUGAUAACUCAGAAAAAGAAACUCUCAAAAAAAUAAUAAAAUUGUCUUCAAUAAAAAACCACCGUGCUUCAUUUGAAGAAAGUAUUGAUAAAAAAACACUCUUACAAGACAAAACCAAUGUUCCAAAACAAACAACACUAGAUACAAAAAUUAGAUCACCUGACCGAAUAACCGAAAGUCUGAAAAAAAUAAUGAACACAGAAUUAUUCGAUGUCAAAGUUGAGAAAAUUAAUAAAUCGAGAAAACUAUUGGGAUCAAAGACUGUGAAAGAUAGAAAAGCAACUUUUGAAAAUAACGAU